AUGGCUCGUCGCUACGACUCCCGCACAACCAUCUUCUCGCCUGAAGGCCGCCUCUACCAAGUCGAAUACGCACUGGAAGCCAUCUCGCACGCCGGCACAGCUCUAGGCAUAUUAGCAACCGACGGCAUCGUCCUAGCAGCAGAGCGGAAAGUCACAAGCAAGCUCCUCGAGCAAGAUACGAGCGCUGAGAAGCUGUACAUACUCAAUGACAAUAUGAUCUGCGCAGUAGCAGGCAUGACAGCCGACGCGAACAUACUCAUCAAUUACGCCCGCCAAGCCGCUCAACGCUAUCUCCUCACCUAUAAUACCGACAUCCCCUGCGAACAGCUCGUCCGCCGCCUCUGCGACCUGAAGCAAGGCUAUACACAACACGGUGGUCUACGCCCCUUCGGCGUCUCCUUCAUCUACGCCGGCUGGGAUCCGCAACGCCAGUUCCAGCUCUACCAGUCUAACCCCUCCGGAAACUACGGCGGCUGGAAGGCUACGAGCGUGGGAGCGAACAAUGCGAGUGCGCAGUCUUUGCUGAAGCAGGAUUACAACGAGGAGUGUAAUCUGAAUCAGGCUUGUGAGUUGGCGGUCAAGGUGCUGAGCAAGACUAUGGAUAGCACGACUCUCACAAGCGAGAAGCUGGAGUUUGCGACGGUGGGGAAGACGAAGGAGGGCACGAUCUAUCAUCAUUUGUGGGCGGCGGAUGAGAUCGAUGCGCUGUUGAAGGAGCAUGGGUUGGGGAAGAAGGAGGAGAGUGAGCCCGGUACCACGAGUGCGGCUACGAACGCCGAGAAUCGGCCUGAGGGGGCACCUGCUGCGGGUGUACAUUAG